UGCCAUAUUAUACCAUUAUCGUCAUCUGUUAUUCUAUAUUAUCUAGUCAAUCACCAGUCAUAUUCAGAGCAUCAGGGCACCAGUCAAUACAGGUCAGCCAGUCACCAACACAACUGCUGUAUAAUACAAGUACUACAUAUAUUACAAACCAGUGGUGGAAAUAUGGAACAUGAUGGUGUGGGAAUUCGAUCAGCAGCUGAAACAACAUCUGUUAGUACCUUGGAUCUGUCAUCUCUAGAAGCAGAGAAGAGGAAACUAUUGGCCCGUCUAGAGGAGGCACAGGAAGCUCUGACCUGCCGGGUGUGUUUAGACCGGCCAGUGGCAGCCGUGUUCAUGCCCUGUGCCCACCUCAACGCCUGCAGCUCCUGCUCAGCCUCCCUCACCACAUGCCCAAUCUGUCGCUCUCCUAUACACUAUGCUGCUCCUGUCAUUAUAGACUGAACACCCUCUCCUCUGCUAUUUUACCCAACAUUGUAAUACUCAUGGGUAAGUGCUAACUCGUAAGGGAAUACAAUACCUGGGGAAUGGGAGACAGUAAUCAGUUUUAAUCAGAGGAAGAUGGUAAAUCUAAUUGCAGGGAGCAGAAGCCUUUCGUCAGCAUCAGUACACUCUUGAGGGAUUUUUAUGCAACAAAAUCGCAAAACAGUUGAUUCAAAUAUGCUGAAAUAACCACUUAAUAAAUCAAGACCAUUAAUAAUUACAUAACAGGACAAUCACUUAAGAAUUACUGACAUCAUCAUAGACUGAAGAUGUGCUCAAGUCCUCUAUAUUUUCUUUAAGCUCAUCUGCCUAUUAUAUAAUUGUGAUAUUAACCUUCAUGCUUUUAUGGAGUGAGGUAUAGGCGUAGAUAUGAGUUUAGAAGCGAGAGGCAGUGUUUGUAUUAUAUAUUAGUGUAAUUUUUUGUUCGGGCAUGUUUAACAUUCAACUAUAUACAUGUUUUAUAUAUGUUUUUCUGAUACACUAACUUUAUAAUGUAGAGUCCCAGCAAUGGUUUUAAUUGGGCUGUCGAGUGUACGUUGUGUCAUACCCGGGUUAUCAAUCAAUAUAUUCCCGUACUUAAAUAGGUACCUGAACCACAUUCUUUAUUAAAUAGGUGUGUUGUCGCCCUUACAAACUUGCUUGAUCAUAUAUGGUGAGCUGAGUGGCUGCUUGUGUAUUUCACUUGUUAUACACAGUUAAAUCACUCAUUUGUUUUAUAUAAUUUUUUAGGUAAAUAACUGGUGUAUUUUGAGUUUACGUUAAUGGUACAAAUUUGCCAAGUAUGUUUUUAAUGGAUUGCCCAUGGGGUGUGACAUAAUAGAUAAUGGGAGAGUUGAGAAGUAAUCUUGGUAGAGUGUGAGUCAUGUUAGUGUGCUCCAAGGAACGAUCAUGGAA